CAAAAAAUGAAUUCAAAUUCAACACUACUUCAUCAGCUAGCAAAGAAGAUCAGCAACUUUCAUAGGACAGUAGCAAUGGCGAUGUACGCCGGAAGUGACUAUAUCGUCGUCAUCGUCGCCGUCGUCGGCUCGCUGUGCGCGGCGGCGGCGGCCGGCCAGGGCGACAAGGUGGUGGUGGUGCUUCCGGUUGCGAAGGCCUGCUCGACCACCGGCAACUACACCGGCGACAGCCAGUACAAGAAGAACCUCGGGCAGCUCCUCUCCACGCUCUCCACCGCCGCCGCCACCGGCGGCUGGUUCAACGCCACCUCGGUCGGGGACGGCGCCGACCAGGUGUUCGGCCUCCUCAUGUGCUACGCCGACCACAACGCGGCGCAGUGCGAGGAGUGCCUCGCCGGAGCGCCCGCCGGGAUCACGCAGGCGUGCCCGGGGAGCCGGACGGUGCGCGCCAACUACGACGCCUGUCUCCUCCGCUACUCCAACGAGACCUUCUCCGAGCUCACCUAUGGCGCCGACGCCCGGGUCGCCCUGUACGAGCCCGCCGCCACCUACGUCGAGAACAUGACCACCAUGGACUCCGCGCGGUGGCAGCUGAUGUGGAAGCUCGCCUGGAGGGCCGGCGACACCGCGCUGCGGCUGAGCAGCGGCAGCCGGGAGUACGCCGACCGGCGGCUCGGCUCGUCGGCGAUAUACGGGCUGGCUCAGUGCACGAGGGACCUGGCGGCGAGCGAGUGCAGCACCUGCCUCAGCCGCUUCGUCGCCAAGCUCACCCGGAUCUUCCCCAACAACAGCGGCGGCGCCAUUAAGGGGCCCAGCUGCUACGUCAGGUACAACCUCUGGCCGUUCGACAUCACGAUGCCGCCGCCACCGCUGCCGUCUCCGGCGCCGCCUGCUCCUCCUCCCGCUGUGUCGACAGGGCUCGUCGCCGGCCUGUCCGUCGGCGCCGUCUCGUUCUUGGUGGUCCUCGGUUUCUCAGUCCGCCUCCUCUUGCGCCGGCGCCGGAAGCUCGCCGGCUGGAUGAGUGAGGAGCACGAGAUGGACAUGGACGAGGGAGACUUCUUCGACGAGGAGGCGGCGGCCAUGGAAGACGACUUCGAGAAGGGGACCGGACCGAAGCGAUUCCGCUUCGGCGAGCUCGCCAUCGCCACGGACAACUUCUCCGACGAGCACAAGCUCGGGGAAGGCGGGUUCGGGUCGGUGUACAGAGGAUUCCUCGAGGAGAUGAACCAACACGUCGCCAUUAAACGGGUCUCCAAGAGGUCGAAGCAGGGGAGGAAGGAGUACGCGUCGGAGGUGCGGAUCAUCAGCCGGCUCCGCCACCGCAACCUGGUGCAGCUCAUCGGCUGGUGCCACGGCGGCGGCGAGCUGCUCCUCGUCUACGAGCUCAUGCCCAACGCCAGCCUCGACCGGCAUCUCUACAACGCCAACGGCGACGUGCUCUCAUGGCCACUCAGGCACGAGAUCGUGCUUGGGACCUGCUCGGCGCUGCUGUACCUGCACGAGGAGUGGGAGCAGUGCGUGGUGCACCGCGACGUCAAGCCCAGCAACAUCAUGCUCGACGCCGCCUUCCACGCCAAGCUCGGCGACUUCGGCCUCGCGAGGCUCGUCGACCACGGCCGGGGCUCCCACACCACGGUGCUCGCCGGCACGAUGGGGUACAUGGACCCGGAGUGCAUGGUCACCGGCGGCGCCAGCGCCGAGUCCGACGUCUACAGCCUCGGCGUCGUCCUCCUCGAGAUCGCCUGCGGCCGGCGGCCGGUGGUGGCGCCGCCGCCGCCGGACGGGGGGGACGACGACGGCGUGGUCGUCCACAUUGCCCAGUGGGUCUGGGGCCUGUACGGCGAGGGGAGGGUCCUCGACGCCGCCGACCGGCGGCUCGGCGGCGAGUUCGACGGCGGAGAGAUGGAGCGCGUCAUGGUGGUGGGGCUCUGGUGCGCGCACCCCGACCGGAGCCUGCGGCCGGCGAUCAGGCAGGCCGCCGGCGUGCUGAGGGGCGAGGCGCCGCCGCCGAGCCUCCCGGCGAGGAUGCCGGUGGCGACGUUCCUGCCGCCGGGCGAUGAUUCCGGCUACAAUACGUCCUCGGUUGUGACGGGUAGCAGCGGCAGCACAGGCACAACUCUGUCGUCCAGAAUGGCCGACACACCUUCCUCGCUGAUAUGACACUUUGUAUCAGAUUAACUGCAGAAAU